UCGUCUUUAGAUAGUUUUAUUAUGUAUCACUGAUGCAUAAUCAAGGCAGGAAAAAUAGCUAAAUUGACAAACUCAAGGAGAGAGAACUCACACUCAAGAAGGAGAGAGUAACGUCAUGUCAACCUCGAGGAAGAAAAACGCUGCUUACCAAGGCCACCAGGACAAACCUACCACUCCUAGUACCAAUGUGAUCCGGAAUCCUAUCCCAGAUGGCCAGCGUUGCUUAGUCAAUGAAGACAGGAUUCGGCAGAUGGAGAGAUCCGAGAGAGAGGCAAUGGAGGCUAAGGCCAAGCAGAUAAGUGGCAUCUAUGAGAACUAUGUUCAAACAGCUCUCAUCAGGGUUGGCAGGAACGUGUCACACCACUUUGCUCAGAGCACACCACUCCACAAACCUCCACCUAGGACUUUUCCCAGAACGACUGAACAUGUUGUUCUGCCCCGACUUAAUAAUGUGAUGGGGGUGGACAAAGCCAAUGGCCAAGACAAAGAUCUCUGCUUGGAGUCCUUCCGGUUGAAGGGGUCAUUGAGCAGCAGCAUGCUUCGAAUUCCUGUCCCUCCUCGUUCUUCUUCUCCCUUCAAGAAAGAAAAGAAGAAGAAAAAGAAGAAAGGCAGGCUGGAAGUCGAAGCCCUCAAUGUCCAGUCGGACAUUAACAAUGACAUCACACCCAUCGACCUGUUUGAGAAAUCGAAGAAUAUGCAGGUUCACCUGAAUCAGGAGGCAUGGAAGGUGGUUAAGGAGUUGGAGGCCACGGGCAGAAGGUAUAUAAACCCGGUCAAUUCCACAGGGGAGAGAACCACCAGCUCCCUGGGAACCCUGAGCUCAGUGGAUAUGGAGACCCCAGAGGAGCUACGCUGCUACUUAGAAUUUGGGACCCCGGACGAGCCACGCAACCCCACACCGAUUCCUUCACCCCCUCCUACCAAGCCCACAAGCAAACUGCUUCAGACACCUAAGUUCUUUCGCACUGCAAGGGCAGCUUCCAGCUCAGACAAGAAGGUAGCCAGUGAACCUACGAGCCAUAUAGUGGAGAUUAAAGACCAGGCCAGAUUGCAGCCACUGGACAACCCAGAGCAGGCCCUGGAUAAGACCUUGAAACUGCUCAGCUCUGACUCAGUUGACUGGGAGAAGAAGAUUGAGGGCUUGACCAGUCUCCGUUCAAUGGCUCAGAACCACAAAGAACUGCUGAUGCCAAGACUGCAUGAUGUCUGCCUGGCAGUUAUAGACGAGGUGAAGAACCUGCGCUCUGCAGUGUCCCGUGCUGCCAUGGUAACACUGGGUGACAUGUACGUCCACCUUCAGAGGGCCAUGGACUGUGAGGUGGAGGUGACUGGGCGCGUGCUGCUGCACUUGGCUAGCUAUGCCAAUGCCUUCAUUCGCCAGAGUGCGAACACCGCCCUGCGUCACAUGGUGCAGUCCUGCAGCCCUACACGCGUCUUGAAGGCCCUGCUCGCCGGCGGGCUGAGCCACCGUAAUGCUGCGGUGAGGGGCAGUGCUGCUGAGCACCUGAAGAGUCUGGUCGAGGUCAUGGGGGCAGCUCACAUUCUUUCAGGGAAGAAAGACCUCACUAUCCACUUCCUGAUUGCUGUCAGCAAACUAGCUGUGGACCCCGCACAGGAUGUCAGGCAUCAUGGCCUGAGCAUUCUGAAAAACCUGGCCACUCAUGGCAGCUUUGCUAAAAUGUGGCAGAAAUCUACUCAGAAAAAAGAGCAAGAUUCUUUGAGGGACGUCAUUUUAAAACUCAACCUCAAAGCAAGGAAAUAA